GACAUGAUGAUAAGAAUAGAGGUUCAUUUACUAGUGAUGUGGAAGCAGUAAUAAUGAAGUUCAUGAAGCAAACAAAUGUCCAGAGUCAUAUUGAAGGUUGCACAGCUCUCUGUGCUUUGAUUCAAGGAUGUCAAGAAAGUGCCUCUUCUUUACUGAAAUCAGAUGAGAUAACAAACCUUAUCGUUGCUCUGAGUACCAAAGAAGGCUUGGAAAUACAGAUUGUGGCUGCUGAAACUCUGGCCUUAGCAACAUCAGACAAGACCCUGUGCUCAACACUAGGAGAAGCAGGUUUGGCGUCCCUCAAACAUUUGUACCACUUGAAGAAUGAUCGAGUGCGUGUACGAGCUCUUGUGGUAAGCUGAUAAUGACUAACGAUUACUAUUUGGGACAGCAUUGGUGCUUUGAAUACAACAAGUGAAUAAGAAUGACUAGUGGUUACUAGUUGGGACUGUGUUGGUGUGUUGAAUACAACAAGUGAAUAAGA